CGCGUUUAAUGCCUUACUCCGCCGAGAAAACGGCCCAAGUUAUGUGGAACGUGAUGGACCUAGGCGCUGUGCCGGACGGUCAGUUGAAUAUCGUUAAGCGGUCCGACAACUUGAUGGUGUCGGAUGGUUGUUUCACUAACCAACUCGAUUGUGGGGGUGUCGUGGAGAUCCGGUCGAGGUGUGUGAUGAAGCGCUUCCUUGUUCCAGAAGGCUUCAUCGUCAUGAUUGAAGGCGUGAGCGAGUGGCUCGUAAGACCCUCUUGCUCGGAAGAGUGGAGACAUGUGACCCGGGACUCUGGCUGGGGAAUAGUGCAUCCCGUUGCUGAAGGCGGACUGUGUCAGCUCCAGACUGGGCUGCACCUCCAAGAGAACGAGUGGGGGCUAAAAAUGUCUGACGUCUCUCACAAAACCCCAUCGCUGCUUUCCCGUGGUGUCGGCGAGGUCAUGAUCCCUUCGUUCCGCAAAAUCAUUGAGUCCCGGCACCAACUUGUGGACAACAAGCUGCUAGAUUCGUCGCUUUAGCGCACAGAUUAGUGGGGAACACAUACAAUGUCCUGUACGAAGCAGUACGUCCCUAUUACUUGCCACUUCAUUGGGAUCGUAUUGUAAAAUUGUGAAGCGAUGAACGUACACAUUAAACGU